AUGAAAUGGCUUGUGGUGCUGGUGGUGCUGCAUGGCGCCUCUAGUCUGGUGGUGAAGCCGGAGAAGGGAGAGGAGCUCAGGUGGGUCCCGGACGUCCCUCUGUGGAUCCGAUUGGACAAGAGCAGGAGGGAAUGCUUUGACAUCCAUGUCGACGGGCUGUCGCAGACCAUCGCGUGCGAUAGCGACAUCUUCAUUGACGACCCAGGCAUCGGCGAGCACUCGCUCCAGCUGUUUGCCACCUUCUUGCCGACAGCCUCGUCACUUGUCUACAACGAAACGUUCAGGCUCGUCGUCAAGGACACGAUGCCUGACUGGCUGUCAGAAGACGGGAAGUACCAGUACCCCGAGAGUGUGGAGGGGUAUCACCAGUGGUGGUAUCACAGUGGCGUGUGGUCAAACACAUACUGGCGGGGUGUUGUAUCUCAUAAAGCGCCGACAGACAUGUGGAACUACCAAGAGAUCAUACACGAGAUCAAACCCUCGGUUGUUCUUGAAGUCGGAACACGUUUUGGAGGCUCCACGCUGUUUUUCUCAGAUGUCAUGAAAGCAGUACAUCAAACAUCUGCAUACAAGAUAUUGACCGUUGACAUCGACCACGACUCGAUCAACUCACAAUUGAACCGGGAGCCUCGCGUGGAGAUUCUGACGGCACCAUCGGCUUCGCUACGCGUGCAGAGACGUUUGAAGGAGCUGAGAGAUGAGCUGCCCGGGUCACUCUUCGUCAUUCUGGAUGGUGAUCAUGGUGCCGACAACGUGACCCUCGAGCUGCAGAUGAUCUCGCAGGUGCUGAGGAGAGGAGACUACGUGGUGGUUGAGGACACCAACCUUGACGGCCAUGAGUUUGCUGUUCAUCCCAACUGGGGCCCGUGUCCGUAUGAUGCGGUGAUUCAGUUCCUGGCGAUGAACAGUAUGCUGAUCUUCAUGUGGUUUGCUCUGAGCCUGGUGUUGAAGAUGGCAGGUUUCCUUCGAGUUGUGGGCGAGGAUCCUCAAAACAUAUAUAGCCUCGAGCUACACAAUCCUUACCUCGACAUGUGA